UUUAGUUUUUUUCUUCCUUGACGCAGCUUCUUGGCCAAUCAGCUUCCGCGCGGGGGCGUGCUGAGCCCGGGCUGCUGUGGAUGUGGAGAAUGGGACGUUUAUCUCGCACAUUCAUCAGGGGCAUCGCAGCGGGGGGGAGCUGAUCCGGCUGUGACGCUCCGCGGAUUUCGCGCGUGGCGUGAAGAAAGAGAGGAGGAGCGGCAGAGCGGCGCGGAGGAGGAGGAGGAGGAGGGGCGUUGUUAUGGAAGAGGUUCGGUCCUCCCUGCUUCCACAUCCAGAGCUGCACUCCCACAUCCGAGGUUCUGGUCCCGGCGUGUUCCGCGUGUUUCGGCGCUUCCUGGAGGCUCGCGCUCGCUCGCGGCUCCUUUGUCUGAUCUGUGCUCUCAGGCUGCGUGCACGCGCCCCGCAGCGCACCUUGAAAUCGUGAUGGUGCGGAAGCGGAACCGCGCGGAGACGUGAGCUGAACCCCAGCAUAUUCGAGGCCGGCACGCGCCGCCUGGUGGACCCGCGCGGCCGCGAUUUGACAGGACAUCACCUGUGGUCAGGUGCAGGGGGGUGGUGGUGGUAGUAUUUUCUUUGGAGACAGUGCGGAUGCACGCGCUCCUUCUGUUUGUCAGUCCGGAGCGGAGAGGCGUCACCGCCGCGAGGAGGAGUCGGGGACCCCCGCCCGGACCGAGUCCGGCUCGAAAUCCCAGCCGCGGGCGGCGCCGCUGGAGGUCAGACCUGUAGGAGCUGCUGCCGCCUCCCACAGGAAAUCCUUACAGAAGGUCACCAGGUUGGGCAGGAUGAGGAGGCGACCUUGGCUGGUCACAGAUGAGGAAUUGGCCUGUUUACAGCAGGGCAGAACUCAACAGCUUGAGCUACAUCUUUCUCCAAGUUGAAGUGGAUGGAGUAUCUCUAGGAGGCCUCGAUCUCCCGGUCAAUGUCUCUCCCUUGUUAGAAGCUGCAGAAGCAACGACCAGGAGAGGCUGCAGUCGAAGGACCAGGUGGACCAAUAACAGCCCCCAUGCAGGCGCGUAAAAAGUAUGUUCUGCUGGGCCUGUGUGCGUGCUGCUGGGUGCUGCUCUUCUACUGGGGCGGAGGAGUUCAGCUCCGCCUGCUGCGCUUACUGGUGCGACAGCGGGGGGAUUUGGUGCGACCCUGGCCCAACUGGACCGACCGGGCAUUCUUCCCUCGCUAUGCCCACUUGGAUGAACUGCAGACGGAAACAGGAAUGGCUGAGUCCCCACGCCAGCGCCGCCAGGCAUGGUCAGCCAUCUACAAAGACAGUCGCUGCCGAAUGGAGACCUGCUUUGACUUCUCUCGCUGCCGGCGCAGAGGACGGGAAGGGUUCAGGGUUUACAUUUAUCCCUCGGAGAAGAACGACCGCGUGUCAGAGAGCUACAGGAAGAUCCUGGCCUCGAUAGCUGAGUCACGCUAUUACACCUCGGACCCACGAGAAGCGUGCCUGUUUGUGCUUGGCAUCGACACCUUAGAUCGGGACCAAUUAUCGGGACAGUUUGUGUCCAACGUGGAUGACCGCAUUCGUGGUUACCCGCUGUGGAACGAAGGGCGGAACCACCUGAUCUUCAACUUGUACUCAGGCACCUGGCCUAAUUACACAGAGGACCUGGGCUUCAACAUUGGUCAGGCCAUUUUGGCCAAAGCCAGCUUGAACACAGAACAUUUUAGGCCGGGUUUUGACGUCUCCAUACCACUCUUCUCCAAGGAUCAUCCGCAGAAGGGUGGUGAAAGAGGCUGGCUGGUAAGGAACAGUACGCCACCGCGAAGGAAGUACCUGUUGAUGUUCAAAGGGAAGCGAUACCUUACAGGCAUAGGCUCAGACACCAGAAAUGCCCUCCAUCACAUCCACAAUGGAAAGGACAUUGUAUCGUUGACGACCUGUCGACACGGGAAGGACUGGGAGAAGCACAAGGAUGCCCGCUGUGACCACGACAACCUGGAAUAUGAGAGGUUUGAUUACCAGGAGCUUCUUCACAACUCCACCUUCUGCUUGGUGCCUCGAGGCCGCCGCCUCGGCUCCUUUCGCUUCCUAGAGUCUCUGCAGGCAGCGUGCAUCCCCGUGCUGCUGAGCAACGGCUGGGAGCUUCCGUUUUCCGACGUCAUCCAGUGGAACCAGGCGGUCAUCGAGGGAGACGAGCGGCUGCUGCUGCAGGUGCCGUCCACAGUGCGAGCCGUGGGGAACGAGCGAGUCCUGGCGCUGCGACAGAGGACACAGAUGCUGUGGGACGCCUACUUCUCCUCGGUGGACAAAAUUGUCCUGACCACGCUGGAGAUCAUCAAGGACCGAGUGUUUUCUCACACGUCGAGGAACAAGUACAUGUGGAACUCACUGCCUGGAGGCCUCUUCGCCUUACCAGAGUACUCCUCCCACCUGGAGCACUUCCCCUUCUACUACCUGGGGUUAGGCCUCAGUGCUUCUCAGGAGUUCACCGCCGUCAUCCACGCCGUCUCGCCGCUGGUGUCCCAGUCCCAGCCAAUCAUGAAGCUGCUGCAGGUGGUGUCCAAAUCCAAGUACUGCUCCCAGAUCAUCAUUGUGUGGAACAGCGAGAAGCCGCAGCCCAGCCGGAGUAAGUGGCCCCCCAUGCCUGUCCCCCUCACUGUGACGGACGGCAGGAGGAAGACCACCAGUCGGUUUCUACCUCACGUUGCCAUAGAAACAGAGGCGGUGUUGAGCCUGGACGAGGACACUGUUCUUCUGACCAGUGAGGUGAACUUUGCCUUCCUGGUGUGGAGGAGCUUCCCGGACCGGAUCGUGGGGUACCCGUCCCGGAGCCACUUCUGGGACCCCCUGAGGCACGCCUGGGGCUACACCUCCAAAUGGACCAACGAAUAUUCCAUCGUCCUGACGGGGGCCGCCUUCUACCACAGGUACUACCACCACCUGUUCUCCCACUACCUGCCCCAGUCACUCCGCAUCCUGGUGGACCGGACCUCCAACUGUGAGGACAUCCUGAUGAACUUCCUCGUGUCUUCUGUGACUCACCUGCCACCCAUCAAGGUGGCUCAGCGGAAGCAGUACAAGGAGCUGCCCGGCCCGCAGGGUACGAAGAGCGCCCCCUGGGCAAGCUCGGAGCACUUCAACCAGAGGCAGGAGUGCGUCAACACCUUCGCCAGCUGGUUUGGCUACAUGCCUCUGGUCCACUCUCAGCUCCGUCUGGACCCGGUGCUCUUCAAAGACCAGGUCUCCGUCUUCCGCAAGAAGUACAAAGACCUGGAGCGAAUCUAAUGAAAGUAGACUUCAAAGACAGACAAUGGCAGGGUCCACAGAGGACUGACUUGGAGUUUUUCUAAUUGAAAAACUUCUAGAAUAUCUUGAGAGUCUGAACAGGCAAUCGAGCAAAAUGAAGGAGUUUCCGUGAGCGGAGAGCAAGGAUUCCAUCCGACGAACUGGAGCUGAGCAGAGACUGGAAACGCCCCAUUCCAACUGCUAUGCUGGCAGUGAAAACGAAUAAAAUGGUUUCAACUGCA